AGUCGGUCAGAAUCGUCUAGACUCACACGGUUAGCACAAAACUUCUCUCCUCCUCCCCCUUCCCCUUCCCUUCCCUUCCCUAGCUACCUGUCUAUGCUUUCUACAUCUUUCCAGACAUCUCAAGCAUCUUGCUCCAAGUUGUCUCUAUAAAAUACCCUAACCCCUGUCAAGAAAAUCCACAGUCUGCUAGGAAUCAUCGAUCAAGAAGAGGAAAUUAAGAAGGAAGUUCGAAUCAAGAAAGGGAAAGAUGUGCUUGGUAUUUGUGUGUGAUGAGGAUGAGAGGGUGGUAGCAAGGCAAACAGCACCUGGGGCAUGUCCAUACUGUGGAGGGACGAUUCAAGCCAUGGAUGUAGAGAGCCAGUGGAGGUUUUGCUUCUUGCCUCUAUAUUUCAAGACGAAGAAGAGAUAUUAUUGCACUCUGUGUGCUAGAAAAUUAGCUGUCCAGUCGUAAAACUUAAGAGCUUGUAAUUACCCAAAUAAUGAUCUUCUUGAUCAAACAUAGACAGAUGCAGCAGCUACCUUUUGUUCUUAUUAUGAUGUACAUAAUACUUGCAAGUUUUUUCAA